CUCUCUCUCUCUCUUAGUGCUUCUUCUUCUUCUUCUUCUUCUUGGUGGUGGUGGUGGUGGUGGGGUUUGUUCGUGAGCUUCGGAUCGAUGGCGUUGGAGGUGUUAUUUGUAGGGUAGUGGUGGUGGAGGAGCUUGUCGAUCAUGGGCCCCGUUCGAGGGUUCAAGAAGAGGAAGAGAGCCAAGAAGAAGAGCGCCGCCGCCGCCGUCGCCGCCAUGUCGGGGCCGGAGAGCGGCGAUUGGUGGGACGGCUUCUCUCGUAGGAUCUCAGGACCCUUGUCUUUGUCCAAGGACCUUCACAAAUUUGAGUCCGUGUUCAAGAUCUCGAGAAAAACCUUCAACUACAUAUGCUCAUUGGUGAAAGAUCCCCUGUUGGCGAAGACAUCAAAAAAUUUUAGCUUUAGUAAUGGAGAAACCUUAACAGUGGACGAUCAAGUUGCUGUUGCCCUAAGAAGGUUGAGCUCUGGCGAGUCUCUACAGAACGUCGGCCUACCAUUGGGGUUGAGCCACUCGACUGUCUCUCAGGUGACUUGGAGGUUCGUGGAGGCGAUGGAGCAGCGUGGGCUCGACCACCUUAAGUGGCCCAACUCUCAAGAGUUAGAAAUCAUAAAAUCAAAAUUCGAAAAAAUCCAAGGUCUUCCCAAUUGUUGUGGUGCCAUAGACACAACCCAUGUAGCGAUGCGCCUCCCGUCAGCUGAAUCCAACAGUAAAGUAUGGCUCGACAGCGAGGAAAACUACAGUAUGGUUUUGCAGGCUAUUGUCGACCCACAGAUGAGGUUCAGAGACAUAACCACAGGCUGGCCUGGGAGCUUAAGCGAGUCGACUGUUUUAAAGAGCUCGGGGUUUUUCAAGCUAUGCGAGGAAGGGUUAAGGUUGAAUGGAAAGACAAUGGACCUUGUAGAAGGAACAGAACUGAGGGAGUACAUUGUAGGGGAUCCUGGAUAUCCCCUUCUUCCUUGGCUUAUUACUCCCUAUCGAGGGAAUGAUAUUUCGCGAACUAAAGAAGAGUUCAAUAGACGGCAUUGCAUGACGAGGAUGGUAGCGCAGAGGGCCCUCGCAAGGUUUAAAGAUAUGUGGAGGAUCCUCCAGGGGGGGAUGUGGAGGGCUGAUAAGCAUAGGCUGCCGAGAAUCAUUCUGGUUUGCUGUUUGCUGCAUAAUAUUGUCAUAGACUUACAAGACGAAGUGAUGGACGAAAUGCCGUUGUGCCAAAAUCACGAUAUUGGGUACAGACAACAAUUCUGCGACGCGGAAGAGGAGGGUGGGCUUAUGUUGAGAGACAAUUUAUCUCAAUAUUUGAGUGGCAGAUUGCCACCUUGAAUGGACUUGGACGCGUUUUACGCAAUUCUCAUUUGGGUUCUUGAAAGGAUAGAUUGAAUUGGAAUGCUAAAUUUGGUGAAAACAAUUGUCUUUGCCAUACAGGUUUUUGAGGGCUGAGUUACAAUUUGAAUGUUAAAUUGGUGAAU